AUUAAAAGGACAGUUUUUUAUCUCCAACAAUAAGGAGGAGGAGGACCAAUGAUCGACCUUAUCCCUCCGGAUAGCACUAAGAACAACCCUAAAUAUCUAUCACAAUUUAUUUUAUUUGCUUUAUCCUCCACCCAUUUGAAUUCUAAAUACUUCUACCCAUCUAAUGGGAAAAUAACCCUCCUUCUCUCUCCCCUCCUCUCUCCCUCUCCCUCUCCCUCUCCCUCUCCCUCUCCCCUCCCUUUCCCUCUUUCUCUACCUUCAACCUCCUCUCACUGCAUAACCAUGAGUCUCAAUUGCCUAAGAUGCCAUAACUUGGGAAGGACAGUCUCAAAGAAAGAACAUAUAGAGGGAUAUGGUGAUAAAAAGCCCCAUUUCAAGUCGCGUUGGCCCAAAGUUGAUAAGGUUGAUAGAAGCUGGUCAGGAAACCUGGUGCCAAGGCCAUAUGAGAAAAUUAGACGUGAACCAAAGAGUAACAUGAUGGCAUCACAUGGAAAGAUUGCGGCGGAGAGUGGUGGUGGUCACUGGAGUACUACUCAUAGGAGUGGACCAAUUAGGUUGGAUAAUGGGCCGAGGUUGGCAAGGAGCUGUGGGAUGAGAAGGGAUUGGAGCUUUGAGGAUUUGCGACAAAGAGUGGAUAAGAAGAUGCAAGGACAUUGAGUUGUUGAAAUAAUUUAUUCCUUCUAUGCAUUGCAUCGAAAAAUAUAUUGUUGAGACAAAAUCAAAGGAAAUGAAUUUACUUGCAUAUUUUCAUUU